AUGAACAAACUCUGUUCCAAAGGUCGUGGAGCUAUAAGACGCAUCGAAACAAUCGAUCCACCUAAAGGUGAAGCCCCAAAAGCCAAAGAAGUUGAAAAAGGUAAAGAAGCUCAAAAACCCAAAGAAGGUGAAAAGCCUAAAGAAGGUGAAAAACCCAAAGAAGGUCAAAGUUCUAAAUCGGUAACGGUGAUGCAAGCUCCGAUGAUGGGCCAACCGAUGAUGUAUAAUGAACCUUACUAUCACCCACCCCAAGAUUAUGGAUAUCCUUCGAGAUCUAUUUACGAUAGCUAUGGUGGUGGUCCACCACAACCUAAUCAUCCUUCGAGACCCAUUUACGAUAGCUAUGAAUAUCCUUCUAAACCCAUUUACGAUAGCUAUGAUGGUGGUGGUCCACCACAACAUAAUCAUCCGUACUAUGGAAGAAGCGGAUUUGAUCAUUUUAGUGACGAGAAUCCAUUCAACUGCUUCAUUAUGUGA